UGAUACCGGGGGAUCUGACUGAAGAGUCUGAAUGGGGUUGGGAUUACGGUGUUAUGCGAGGCCUUAUAACGAGUUCCUAGAUGUUUUGUGUGGUGUUGGAGACACGGAUUGAGGUUGGAUCGUCGGAGCGAAGGGUGAUCUAAUUCCAUUAUCUUUCCCAUUGCCAACAACAGUUGUGUCAGAACUGAAUCUGCUCAGGACCUGUAAGUCCGAGAUUCCAAGUUUUUGCCAUGCCUUUGCUAUUCAGCGUCAUUUCGAGAGGGACCACGAUCCUGGCGAAAUGUGCAACAUGUCCAGGGAAUUUUAUGGACGUGGUUGGACUGAUCCUUCCAAAGAUUGGUCUUCAAGACUCAAGAAUGACAUAUGCCCAUGGAGACUACUUGUUUCACUAUGUGACAGAUGCUGGAGUCAUCUACUUGUGCAUUACUGAUGAUGCAUUUGAGCGCUCGAGAGCCUUUGGAUUUCUUCUUGAGCUGAAGAAACGCUUCACUACAGUUUAUGGGUAUCGGCUCCACUCAGCUCUCCCCUAUGCCAUGAACAGUGAAUUUUCUCCUCUCAUGGCCAGUGAAAUGAGGCGGUUCUCAGAAUCCAAAAACACACUUGCCAAAGCACAAAAUGAGCUGGAUGAGCUUAAGGAGAUUAUGGUGCAGAAUAUAGAUAGCAUCGCCUCACGUGGGGAGAGAUUGGAGCUGCUUGUCAGCAAGACAGAAAACCUCAGCGCCAAUAGUGUCAGCUUUCGUUCCACAAGCCGCAGCCUCGCCAGAGCUAUGUGGUGGAAGAAUGUGAAAAUCAUUGUCAUCUGUACUCUGGUAUGCUUGCUGAUCCUGUACGGCAUUGUCACAUACGCCUGCGGAGGAUUCAGCUGGAGCAAGUGCGUGUAGAGGACCGCCGGCUCGCCCUGUCCGGGGACAUCGCGGAGGUUCUCGCGGAGGUCCUCAGUGGAUACGGCUGGGCCACCUGCCACGUACGAACUCAGGCUGUGGCGCCAGCCUUGCUUUCUAAGGGACGUGUGAUCCUGUUGCUGUGACGUCAUUAUUGGUGUAUGAAUAUGAUAGCCAAAUGGAUUGCUUUAGAGUACUCAGCGCUUCGGAUGGGCUUAAAGGUCCAGCAAAAUUCAAGUGCGGACGGCACCGUGGAAUCCGACUCGCGCGUACUGUUUCCAUGUUAUUCGCAUACUGGAAAGUUAGCGUCGCCCUGCUUAAAUUGCAUGUACCUGUCUCUGUAAAUCGGCGGCCUGUGUGCCAGGGGAGUAAAUACAAUAGCACGACACUAAGGGACAGUAAAUUUUGCGUGAUAAGCUGUCUAUGACUGAUUUCUCUUAUGUCAUCAAUUCUUUGGAUAUUCCUACUUGUAAGGUGUGUGUGCGUUCUUUUGCAGCGAAACUACGUCAAUGCUAUGUGAAUUUAUGAAUCUCUGCCUUUUGAACGAAAGCAGGGAAGUCAGCACGGAAUGUCAUGUCCAUUUUUACCACAUGGUUAUUGCUUCCGCUUUCUCUGGUAUCUGAUAAAGGGGCCGGCACUUCGUGGUGCUGACGCGUCACCAGUGCGUUACAUGAAGUAACAAAGUUUUUUUUCUUUCGUUGGGUAUGUCGACUUGUACAGCAUUUUGUGUAUCAUGAACGAAUGCAGCGUCACGACGGUCAUUAACGAACUCGCAGUGCGGGAAGGAUAUGUGAUCUUGGGUUUUGGUGAUUGCACAGGUGUCAGGUCAAAGAUAUGCCCGCAUUGCACUCUUAACCAAUGUUCCCGUGUGUAAAGAAAAGCGCGGAUGUGUUUGGAGAUUUUGCCUGUGUAAACUUUGUUGAUUUCCUGGUUGCGCAGUGUAAAUUUUUCAAGAAUGCAGAGUUUGUUUCCUAUCCGCGACCAAGUUGUUGUGACAGAAACCACAGUUUGGAAGCUUAAAACACCGCCGCCGUGACUACGCAUAUGCAUAUUCCCGUGCUGAAAAUGGUAAGGUUGUUUGUUGCUGCGCGACCUCCUUGUGCCUAUCACUGGAGCUUCGCGGAGCGAGUGCUGUCUGUGGUGCGGCAGCUGCGAUCUUGCGAUCCAUUGCACAUGCACAGAUGGCCUGGAACUGGAAUAUCCUCGGAACCAUACUUCUCAUAGUGGUGUACGAACGACGCGGAGUACAGGGAUCACAACCAGGUGCUGUGUUGAGCGACAGUCGUGCCUGUGUACUAUGAUUGAGUGGUCUACUGCGCUCAUGGCCAGGUGGGCAUCAGUCAUGGAUGGGCGGGAUUUUCCAACGGUUUUCGUCGAUAUUAUGGUUUUGAUGUCCUCAUUUUGUAGCGUGCCCGUAUAUGCUGUCGUUGAUUAUCAUUUUGUUGUAGGUCCGAUGAGAUCGCGUACAUGUCCGUGUAGCGAGCGCGGCUGCGACGGGAAUGUGCAUUGCGCAGCGAACCUGCUGAGUUGCUGAUUCAGAUGUGUUGAGUGUUGGCAGUCAUCUAGCCGGUUAUCUCCAUGCCGAAACGCGGGGCGCCCGGGAAUCUCGUCAGGAACGUCGUCGGUCGACUGCUGAACAGCUCGUGUGGUCUAUAACAGGGUUACACGGCCCGUUGAAGACAGACCAGCGCCCUUCGUAGACAAACCAAUCAUCCAGUUCCUUGAAUUAGCUUUCGCUUGCACCGGCAGCCUGAUUCCGAGUGCAGUAUAUGCUAAAUAAGAUAAGCUAUGUCUAAUCAGAGACGUGAAUAGUGAUACCUGUGGAGUGCAUGCACGUCCUCGCGGGCUCUGCAUUGCGCCGAUGUAAUCAUAUUAAAGCGAACCGUACUUAUGGCCGUGGUUGACUGGGCCCAGGCACGAUCACUGGCUCUUGUCAUGAAGCCUGGCCGUCCCUGCUUCUUGAUGUAAAUACGGAAAUGCCUAAUACAUGUACUGUGCUUGGGGAAAGCGUUGACCU